GAUUCUUUCGUGAAGUUUUCUUCUCUGGCAAGAACACUCAUAGCACCAUGGUUCUCGAGGCGACUAUGAUUUGCAUUGAUAACUCCGAAUGGAUGCGGAACGGCGAUUACUCUCCGUCUCGAUUGCAAGCUCAAGCCGACGCUGUUAAUCUCAUCUGUGGAGCUAAAACCCAGUCUAAUCCGGAGAAUACUGUUGGGAUUUUGACGAUGGCGGGGAAAGGAGUGCGGGUAUUGGCAACUCCAACCUCCGAUCUUGGCAAGAUAUUGCAUUGCAUGCACGGCCUUGAAAUUGGGGGUGAGUCAAACUUAGCGGCUGGAAUUCAGGUUGCUCAAUUGGCUCUCAAACAUCGCCAAAACAAAAAUCAACAGCAAAGAAUUAUAGUUUUUGUUGGAAGUCCCAUCAAAUAUGACAAGAAAGCAUUGGAGACGAUAGGGAAAAAAUUGAAGAAGAAUAGCGUAGCACUGGAUAUUGUUGAUUUUGGGGAAGCUGAUGAUGGAAAGCCAGAGAAAUUGGAGGCUCUCCUUGCAGCUGUUAACAAUAAUGACCGUAGUCACAUAGUUCAUGUUCCUCCUGGUCCAAAUGCUCUUUCAGAUGUCCUUAUCAGCACACCUGUAUUUACUGGUGAUGGGGAAGGAGGAAGUGGCUUUGCUGCAGUGGCAGCAGCAGCAGCUGCAGCUGGUGGUGACUUUGAUUUUGGUGUGGAUCCCAACCUUGAUCCUGAGUUGGCUCUUGCACUUAGAGUUUCCAUGGAAGAGGAAAGGGCAAGGCAAGAAGCAGCUGCCAAGAGGGCUGCUGAGGAAGCUGCUAGACAAGAGAAGGGAGAGGCACCACAAUCCAGUUCACAGGAUGCAAUUGUUAAUGCAAGCGAGAAAGUGGCUGAUCCAAUGGAUGAGGAUGAUGCGUUGCUGAAGCAGGCUCUUGCAAUGUCAAUGGAUGUUGCUGGAUCUGAUUCAUCUCACGGUGAUGCUGAGAUGUCAGAGGCAAAUAUGGAGGAUCAGGAAUUGGCUUUGGCUCUUCAAAUGUCUAUGCAGGACAGUACAAAUGGUUCACAGUCAGACAUUGGUAGGGUGUUGGGAGAUCAGUCCUUUAUGACAUCUAUACUUUCAUCACUUCCAGGAGUUGACCCAAAUGAUCCUCAAGUGAAAGAUUUAUUAGCCUCUCUGCCUGAUCAAUCUGAGUCCCAAGAUAAGAAGAAUGAAGAAGAACCGCCAAAAGAGGACAAGUAAAGCUUCAAUGCAACCUACUGCUGAAGCUUUGAACUAAACUUUCGUUGCAGAAAUCAAUUCUACCUCACUACAGAGGACGAUGCCGGCACAGUUUCUACCCAACAAGUGUUUUUAUCUGUGUAACUCUGAGUCAUCCCCUGAAUAUCUGUUGUACGAAAUCGACAGGAUCAGGACUUUAAACUUAAAUGUGUCUUAAUCCAUAGUUUGACAUUCUUAGGGGAUUAAAAUCAUGGGCAAGACUGAUUGGUUUCUAAACAAACUGAAUUCAAUGAUGUUAUUGACAUUAAGUUGGUUCGAUU